AGAUGGCAAGUAGAACCUAACUCCUCACAAUGCAAUCAUGCGUUUGUUACCGAAGCUCUUAGCUGCCUGUGACUCCCCCUGCCUCUCUUUGUGGGAGUGGGGAGUGGGUUUUUGAUUUACACAAAUCUUGAGCCGCCACCCACUCGCCAACAACCAUCCCCUUUCUUUGUCAAUCUCGUCACUCUCCACCCGCUUCUCUUUUUCCACCAUUUCUGUGAUCCAUUUUGAGAGAGAGAGUCAUGAAAGAUGCUACAGCAGCUGCAGCGAUGACUAGUAGUGGAAGAGGAGGAGGAGGUGGUAGUGGUAGUGGUAGUGGAGAGAAGGUGCGAAGCGUGAGUGAUAAGGAGAAAACCAAGAUGAGAGAGAGGCAGAGGAGGUCCAUCACCACCAACAUCUUCCACGGCCUCCGUAAGCAUGGCGGCUACCCUCUCUCCCCUCGCGCUGACAUUAAUGAAGUCCUCCGCCACCUCGCCAGCGAGGCCGGCUGGAUCGUCGACCCCGACGGCACCACCUACCGCCACUCCCCCACUCCCUCUUCUGGUUUCGCUUCUUGCCCCGUCUGCGGCGCCGGCAAGAGAAGUACCGCCUCCACGCCCACCAGCAGCGUCGUCCUCGGCGGCGAGUGCUCCACCACGACAUCCCCUCGCCGCUUCCAAGUCGGAGACUCAGUGCUUUCCCCGUACUUGGCUGGCUGUGGUGGGUCCGGCGUUGGUGAUGUUGUGACGUCUGAGCGUGACAUUCCUCUGGCACUCUACAUGUACGGUGGACUUCAGCAUUCCGGAACGACAGGAGAACCGUCGACGGCAGCGGUUACAUAUCAGCAGCAGCGGCAACUGUACCUGCAAGAGGCGAGAGCACCGAUGACCUCUCCUCCCCGUCCGGCUUGAAAUCCCUAUUAUUCCCUUACGGCCCUUGUUCUAUAUUUCUCUUUUCCCUUUUUUGGAUUUUCUGCAGAAAAAUUAUUACUAAGAAAAGCAAUAUUAUAUUAUAUAGUGGAAA